GAGCUCAUGUGUCUGAGUCACGACGCGUCACUACCGCUUUAAGAGCCAUUUCCCCCCAUUGUCAAAAAGAGUCGUGAGCAGGAAGAGGGAAACGAAAGCUCAGACCUAUUUAAACACGAUGCUGCACCAUCAUAACGGCUUGAUGUGGAGAAGCGCGGAAAACGCACGCACGGCCGCGCCAGUGACCCUCUCGGCCGAUUGAUGACGUUUUGACGCUCGGACCUCAAAGUGGCCGCAGGAUGAUCAGAUGAGACAUGGAAGUGUCACCUCAGCAAAUGAUGACAGUGUCCUCCAUCUCCGUUUAGCUCAGUAUUGACACAUUUUCGUGUCUUGCGGCCAUUUGUGGCGUAUUUUUAAGUUUAAGACCGAACAGCCGGAGCAGGUGCGCCCUGCAGGAUCAGGACUGUGAAACCAUCUGGAUCAGCUCGGACAUCAUCAGCCUGGAAUGACAUCCACCAUAGAGAGGAAGACGCUGGAAGCCAAUGAGGAGCCAGUGGAUGAAGUCCUCCAGAUACCCCCAUCUCUGCUAACAUGUGGUGGGUGCCAGCAGAGUAUCGGUGACCGUUUUUUCCUGAAGGCCAUAGAACAGUACUGGCAUGAAGACUGUCUGAGCUGUGACCUCUGUGGUUGCCGACUCGGGGAGGUGGGCCGCCGGCUGUAUUAUAAACUGGGAAGGAAACUGUGCCGGCGAGAUUACCUCAGGCUUUUUGGCCAGGAUGGCCUCUGUGCUUCCUGUGAGAAGAGGAUCCGUGCGUUCGAGAUGACUAUGCGUGUACGGGACAAGGUGUACCACCUGGAAUGCUUCAAGUGUGCUGCCUGCCAGAAACACUUCUGCGUCGGUGACCGCUACCUGCUCAUCAAUUCGGAUAUUGUGUGUGAGCAGGACAUCUUUGAGUGGACCAAACUCAACAACAGCAGUGUGGUUUAGACUGAAGGGGGGCGGGGGCACGUCUCAGCAUGAUAGUGUCAGGGGAAUGAAUGCACCAUAAUGAAGCAAUGAAAAGACUUUCUUUAGCCUUAUAUAUAGGCUUUGAUGAACACUUUGAUCAUGCAGAAUCAUCCUAACAUAAAAUGGAACGGCCACCUAUUGGAACUGCUCUCAGCCGCAGACUCAUGAAGGCUGCACCAGCAAUGACAAACUUACUAUAUAAGAUGUUGUGCUUAAAUGCAAAAACACUGAAAAUUUAAACCUGCAAUAAUAGUCAUUUGAUAUUCAUGCUUUAGGAUUUUUUUUAAAAGUAAUGAACAAUAAGAAUUUCUUGUAUAAUUCAAAUAUGAUGGCACUGUAUUGCCAGGUUCAACUGGUGGCGCCCUCUAGUGAUGGAGGGAGCCCAUUCAAUAUUAACUUUCCUGACUGAGGAUGUUUUCAGUAUUUCUUUUAUAAUUUUAAUAAGUCUCUACACUUGCAUCCAAUACUUUUUGGUAGCUGUGUGUCAGUUUAUUAAAUAAACUACUGGUAUUUGA